CCAGCUCUAGUGGUCAUCGUCCUUCUGGGACUGAGCAAAUAUAAACUCAUGUCCAUAAACACAGAUUAUGGGAAUUCAGUGAAAAUGUGCUGGAUCACUGACAUCUACUUCCAUUAUGGAGUCAACAUCGGCUAUUACGCCUGGGUGUUUGUCUCAACUUUGACCAUCUUCAUCAUUGUGGUGAGGCAGAUCUUGUUGCUGAGGAAGACCAAGGCAGGCGAGGGCCAACAGGACCCAGCAUCUAAGAACACCUUGGCCAUCCUGGGUCUCCUAUUCCUGCUGGGCCUCACCUGGGGCUUUGCCUUCUUCAGCUUCGGACCCAUGGUCAUCCCAUCCUACUACAUCUUCAGCAUCCUCAACUCCUUCUAAGGCUUCUUCCUGUUCCUCUACUACUAUAACACCAACAAGAUCAUCGGUGAUGACAGGAACUCUGUAUUCACCAACCAGAACACCUCUACUUCUUUAAACAUCUAUGAUGACACUCCUCGUCCCAAGAAAUAGCUUAGAUCGGAGCAGUUGAUGUAUCUUAGUACACUAGGUUUACAAUUGCAAUACACUGAGCACAACCGAUCAUGACAGAAUCAGGAUGUUUUCAAGUUUUUAUUAUAGAUUUACUAUAAUAUUCUAUUCGAUCUAAAAUAUAUAUACUCUGUUUCUAUUUGCUUAUCUUUGUGCAUGAAUUCCAAGAAUCCCUUUUUUUUUUUUUUAUGUAUUGAAUUUAGUUGUUUCUAUAUGAUCCUUCAAGUAAAAUAGACAUAUCUAAAAUGCUA